AAAAACGUUGAUUAAGUAUGAAGCAGUCGAUAACCAAUAUAGCAGUGAUUGCGUUAUUGCUGCAUAUUAAGUACAGUCAAGCCAAUGACUUCCCAUCUCUUUUGGUUGCUAAUGCGUCUAUGGCCGUCAUUGUGGAUCACGAAUUUCUCGACACUGAGUACGAAGUGACGUUGAACAAAAUAAAAUAUCUUGUCGAUCAAAUCAUCAGGGACGAUUUGAGGGAUGGUGUAGGUAUAAGUGUACGCUACUAUUCGUGGACACAGAUUCGGUUUAACAGAGAUUUCACAAUAGUCAUGAGCGUAAGUAAUUGUAAGGACACGUGGCAAAUAUUUCAUGAAGUUCAACAGGAAACCUUACUGCUCAUUGCAUUAACGGAAGCAAACUGUCCACGAUUACCAUCAUCUGAAGCAGUUAUGAUUCCGAUUUUGAAUAUUGGCGAGGAGUUGCCACAAAUUUUAUUGGACAUAAGGUCAUCACAAGUCGUCAGUUGGAAGAGUGCUAUCAUUCUUUACGAUAGCAUCUUUGAUAGAGACUCGGUAAGUAAAGUCGUUAGCUCGUUGUCUUCACUUACCCAACGAAGUGAAGCAUCCGUAAUGUCGAUUUCACUCUUUCGCAUCGAUGAUACCGACACAAAUUACCGAAACAGUGUGAGGGAAACUUUGCAAGGUUUACAAUCGAAGACCACAGACGAGAAGUUUUUGGUGGUAACUGAGAAACCUCACAUUGUUAUGGAGGAAGCUCAGAAAAUUGGUCUAACUGAUACGUCGAAUCAAUGGCUCUUCUUUCUAUUAAAAAAUACGACGUCAAAGCAUGGUACACUGCCGAUUAUGAAGUUCGUUAAUGAGGGUGGUAACAUUGCAGUAGCGAUAAAUUCGACCCAUUCAAAUGGUGAAUGCUUGUCCGGAAUACUCUGCCACUUCGAAGAAACGUUUAAAAUUUUGGUCGAAGCGCUCUCGAAAAUGAUUAAAAAAGAAUCGGCAAUUUAUGGCCAAAUAUCCGACGAAGAAUGGGAGGCCAUUAGGCUGACGAAAAAAGAACGUCGCGACGGAAUGUUGGAGAUAAUUAUGGAUCAUUUCUCACACAAACAAGUAUGCUCAAGUUGCUGCAAAUGGGAUUUCUUGGCCACUGAAACUUGGGGUACAGGCUACGCCGAUGCAGGCAAAAAUAGAACUUUACAAAUCAAUCGUGCAGCAACAUGGGAGGCUACCAAUGGUGUCCUAUCUAACGAUUCAUUGUUUCCCCAUAUUUCGUAUGGCUUCCGAGGAAAAACGUUGCCCAUUGCAACGUAUCACAAUCCACCGUGGCAGAUCAUUCAGUAUGGGGAAAAUGGUGAAGUCAUUUCAACCAAGGGCGUUGUUAUGCAGAUACUCAAUGAACUAGCGGAAAAGUUAAAUUUUACCUACCUCCUGGUUGAUCCAAUGAGAAGUAAAAAUGCUACAGUCGUGGACGACUAUUACAAUUACAAUUACAACGACACAGACGUUAUAAGGUCAAACUUAGUGCCGCCUGAAGUUCUCCAGCUGAUGACAACUAAAAAUAUCAUACUCGGAGCAAUUGCAUCGACUGUAGACGAGAAUAACACGCAAAUUGUCAACUAUACCCGACCAAUCAGUAUUCAAAGCUACAGUUUUCUGGUGUCUCGACCGAAAGAGUUGAGUCGAUUGUACUUGUUCACCGCACCAUUCACUGUUGAUACGUGGGUCUGCUUAAUUUUGACGGUCAUGAUAAUUGGACCAAUUCUAUUUUGCAUCCAUUACAUCAGUCCCUACAACGACUACCAUAAUGUUAUCAAGAAAGGGGGCCUGUACAAGGUGGGGAACUGUUUUUGGUACAUUUACGGUGCAUUGCUGCAACAAGGCGGAAUGUAUUUACCCAGUUCGGACAGUGGUCGUCUCAUUGUUGGAACUUGGUGGCUAGGCGUGUUGGUGGUAGUGACUACAUACUGUGGAAAUUUGGUGGCCUUCCUAACUUUUCCCAAAAUUGAUAAUCCAAUUUCCAAUAUCCAUCAAUUGUUGAACAGUGGUCAUGAUGUGACAUGGAGCAUCAGAAGCAAAACAUUUUUUGAAAAUUACAUAAGAAACAGUGACAAUAGCAAAUACAAAGCGCUGAACGAAGGCGCCAUGUACACAACCAAUGCGACGAGCGAAAUAAUUGAGAGCGUCAAGAUGGGUAAACAUAUUCACAUCGAUUGGAAAUCGAAUUUGAAAUUUAUCAUGAGAAAUGACUACUUGGAAACGAAACGGUGUGAUUUGGGGAUAGGUUCCGAAGAAUUCGUUGACGAACAGAUCGCUUUAAUGCUGCCAAUAAACAGUCCGUAUCUUAAAUUGUUCGACAAAGAGCUGUAUCGGCUGCUACAAAUGGGCUUCAUACAAAAAUGGAUCGGUGAAUACUUGCCGAAAAAAGACAAAUGCUGGAGCAGUUCGGGAAAGUCGCAGGAUAUUGAAAAUCACACCGUUAAUUUAACGGAUAUGCAAGGUUGCUUCCUAGUACUGAUUACAGGAACUUCCGUCGCGAUCGUCAUUGUCUUUUUGGAAUUUUUGUUAGCAAGAUAUGGUGACGUGUGUAAAGAUAAGGCACUAACUCCUUUUGUUAAGUAACAAACCAACGUUAGUGGACUAAGAACCGGAUGAAACAGAUGUAGUGUUGAAAAUUAAUAAACGGAGCACUGAUGGUAACAAUUGUAAUUUUCACUGAAACAACAGGAAUUUCACUAAUACGUAUUAGUUAAGAUGGUACAGCGCAUAGUUCGCGCGCUGUUUAGUUUGUUGUUGAAUGAAGUGUGUU